AUGGAGGGACAGACCCGAGGAGGCAGAGGCCCUCCAGAAAAGCCCCUCCCUGCUGCUGCCACCCGCAGCUUGUCCUCUGUGGGCGCCAUCUUCAUUCUCCUGAAGUCCGCGCUGGGAGCGGGGCUGCUCAGCUUCCCCUGGGCCUUCCACAAGGCCGGGGGCGUGGGGCCCGCCUUCCUGGUGGAGCUGGUCUCCUUGGUCUUCCUGAUCAGUGGGCUGGUCAUCCUGGGCUACGCGGCCUCUGUCAGCGGCCAGGCCACCUACCAGGGUGUGGUCCAUGGGCUCUGUGGCCCCACCAUCGGGAAACUGUGUGAGGCCUGCUUCAUCAUCAACCUGCUCAUGAUCUCCGUGGCUUUUUUCAGGGUAAUUGGAGACCAGCUGGAGAAGUUGUGUGACUCCCUCCUGCCGGGCGGCCUGCAGCCGUGGUAUGCCACCCAGCGCUUCACCCUGCCCACGCUCUCCAUGCUGGUCAUCCUGCCCCUGUCCUUGCCACGGGACAUCGCCGUCCAGAAAUACACAAGCACCCUAGGCACCCUGGCCUCCUGUUACCUGGCCCUGGUCAUCACAGUGCAGUACUACCUCUGGCCCCAUGGCCUCGUGCAGGAGCCCCGUCCUUCCCUGAGCCCUCCGCCCUGGACGUCUGUGUUCAGUGUCUUCCCCACGAUCUGCUUUGGUUUUCAGUGUCACGAAGCCGCCGUCUCCAUCUACUGCAGCAUGCGCAGCCAGAGCCUCUCCCACUGGGCCCUGGUCUCCGUGCUGUCCCUGCUGUCCUGCUGUCUCAUCUACUCGCUGACAGGGGCUUAUGGCUUCUUGACGUUUGGGACCGGAGUUUCUGCUGACAUCCUGAUGUCCUACCCGGGUGAUGACGUGGCCAUCAUCGUUGCCCGGGUCCUUUUCGCCGUCUCCAUUGUGACGGUCUACCCCAUUGUGCUCUUCCUGGGGAGGUCUGUGAUGCAGGAUUUUUGGACAAGGAGCUGCAGAGGGACUUGGAGGCCCCUGGUGCUAGCUGACCCCACGGGGCCGUGGGUUCGAGUGCCGCUGACCAUAUUGUGGGUCGCUGUGACACUGGCCAUGGCCCUGUUCCUGCCCGACCUCAGCGAGAUCAUUGGCAUCAUCGGGGGCAUCAGCUCCUUCUUCAUCUUCAUCUUCCCAGGUCUGUGCCUCAUCUGUGCCGUGGGCGUCGAGCCCAUAGGACCAAGAGUCAAGUGCUGCUUGGAGGCCUGGGGCGUGAUCUCUGUGCUGCUGGGCACCUUCAUCUUCGGGCAGAGCACAGUGGCAGCUGUCCUGGAGCUGCUCUGA